GGGAAAUUUCCUAUUAAUGGAUCUACGAUGCUCAAAAUAUGUUUUGUGAGAGUAUCAGCGUCACAUUUUUCGGGAUUCAUAUAAUUCCAAAAACGUUCUACUGGUUCGCUGUUAAAUGCGUAUCUGAAAAUUGUUACCAGUUGGGUUUCCCCCGAAAUGUCCGUUGUUUCAUCUGCUAUUAUCGCCAAAUACGAGGCUCUGUUAAUCUGUUUUAUUAUUUCUUCAUGACAAACUUCAAGAAUACAAUCCAGUAGAUCGUUUUGUAUUUCUUUCGAAGUUCCUUUAAAUAUUGAAGCAUUUUUUAUGUAACGUACCUGCUUUUUGUAACAGUAUCAUUAUGAAUCUAACUGAGCUCUGAUGUUAAUAGUACCCAAUAAAGCCAUUUCAAUCGAAUUAUGAAGAUAUGUUUUAGAGUUUUCAUGCUUCUUAAUUUUUUC